UGCCUUCUCCUCUUCCUUCCCCCCCUACCCCCCCACAGCUUAUUCACUUCUCUCUAAUGGGAUCUUCUGAUCCAGUAUAAGUCCAGAGAGAGAGAGGGAGGUGGGAAGAAGAUGCUGCAGAGGGCGGCGAGCAACGCCUAUUCCUGGUGGUGGGCCAGCCACAUCAGGACCAAACAGUCCAAAUGGCUCGACAACAACCUCCAUGAGAUGGAGGAGAAGGUGAAAUCCAUGGUCAAGCUCAUAGAGGAGGAUGCUGAUUCCUUUGCUAAGAAGGCAGAGCUAUACUUCAGGAGGAGACCGGAGCUCUUGAACUUUGUUGAUGAAACCUACAGAGCAUACAAAGCAUUGGCUGAUAGGUAUGAUCGGAUAUCAGGAGAAUUGCACAAGGCCAACCACACCAUUGCAACUGCUUUCCCUGACCAAGUCCAGUUUGAAAUGGAUGAUGAUGAUGAUGAUAGCUCUCCAAAGGCAAUCACUUCUAUCGACAGCAGUAAAUUUCCCAAGCCACCGGCAGAAAUCCCACCAUUUAGUUUGAGAAGCAUGCCUAGAGAAAACCAGCCUGCCUUGAAGAAGACGAACCAUAGGAGGAUUAGCUCUCAGAUUAGUAAAGAGAAGGCACAGAAAGAGAUUGACAGGCUUCAGAAGGAAAUCCUAGUGCUGCAGACCGAGAAGGAGUUUGUCAAGAGCUCCUAUGAGAGUGGACUAAGAAAAUACUGGGACAUAGAAAGGCGGAUGACCGAGCUGCAAGAGGAGGUUUCUUCAUUACAAGAUACUUUCAAUGCCAGUGCAGUCAUUGAAGAUGAUGAUGCCCGAGCUUUGAUCGCAGCGAAAGCCAUUAAGUCCUGCGAGGAUACCUUAGUGAACUUGCACAGGCAGCAAAAGAGAUCGACGGAGGAGGCAAGAAUAGAGUCAAAACGAGUCAAGGAUGCCGAGCAGAAGCUGAAGGCACUUAGAGUUGAGUGCGGUCAGUCUCAGAUGGAGAUUGAGGAGAACUCUGAUCAAAACACGGAGCAAAAUUCUGACACCAUGAAUAGAGAGAAUGAAGCUUGUGCUUUCAAACCAGAGAGGCUAGAGUUACAGUCAAUAUGCCAGAACGUAAAGGAACACUUGGAGAUGAGCUCUGAUACAUCUGUGGUGGAGCUUGCAGAAAAGAUUGACGAGCUCGUAGAUAAGGUCAUCAGCUUAGAGCUCACAGUGUCAUCCCAGACUGCACAGAUUCAGAGACUGAGAUCAGAGACAGAUGAGCUUCAAAAGCACCAGCGCAACUUGGAGGAAGAUAAGGCAACUCUGAUUGGUGAUUCCAAUAUACUGACUGAGAGGUUAAAGCAAGCAGAAGAUGAGUUGCAAAAAAUUCAGCAUCUCGAGAAGUGUGUUCAAGACGGAAAAGGCAUUGUUGAAACACAUUUCACCGAAGCCUGUGAUAGCCUCAAUGAUCUUUCAGAGAAAUUGCAGUCCCCUAAACAUCGAGAAGAGAAUAAGUCACUGGGAGAUAGCCGGCAAGAAGGAAGGAGCAAGGAGAUGGGUUCGGGCGACAGCAAUCUACGAAGUUCCGACUUAGAGUCGCAAUUAGAAGAGCUAGAUGAUAUGCCAGACUUGCACAACUUGCUAGUGAAGGGAUUAGAAGGCAAAGAAAAGAUGUUGCUAACUGAGUACACAUCCAUCCUUCGAGACUAUAAAGAUACAAAGAAAAUGCUUACUGAGAUAGAAAAGAAGAAUGAAGAAUAUCAUGUUGAGACAAUGGAACAGGUAAAGGAAUUGAGGAGCGCCAAUGCCAUGAAAGAUGAUGAGAUCCGAUCUCUAAGGAAAAUGCUGAGCUCAUUACAAAGGACUGUCAAUGAAAGUGCACCGAAGAACUCCGAGGAUUCUGACACUAAAGUUUCAGACUGCAUGGCAAAAAUAAAUGUACCAUUUGAUGCUGCAAAUACUGAUAGCCCUUGUGCAGAAGUAGACCUCAAGCUCUACCAAGUCAAUGAAUCAGACACCUCCUCAGCCAUCGAAGAAAGAUUUAGAGCAGAUAUUGAUACACUGCUGGAGGAGAACUUGGACUUCUGGUUAAGGUUCAGCACAUCAUACCAUCAAAUCCAGAAAUUCCAAACAACAUUUAAAGACUUGGAAGCUGAGAUGGAGAAACUGAAGGACAUCAAACCACAGGAGGGGAGUGGUGGUGCUAUGGUUGCUCCUGGGCAGACAAUGAAAAAGGAAUCGGUUCCACUUGAGAAGAAGUUAAGAGAAUUGAACACCGAGCUCCAAGUCUGGCUUGAAAAGAAUGGGCUGCUAAAGAAGGAGCUACAGUGCAGAUUCUCAUCACUUUGCAGCAUACAGGAGGAAAUAUUGAAGGUCUCAAAAGAAAGUGAGACCCAAGAUGUGCAGUUCACUCCUUAUCAGGCUGCAAAGUUCCAAGGUGAGGUGCUCAACAUGCAACAAGAGAACAACAAGGUGGCAAAAGAGCUGCAGACUGGACUGGAUCAUGUGAAGGGGCUUCAGGUUGAGGUUGGAAGGGCUCUGUCCAAGCUUCAUGAGGACUUCCAGCUGACCGGAUCAAGAAACCAACAUCACCAACAGUCGCUCAGGCAUGUAUCGAGCAAGCAUAAAAUACCAUUGAAGACCUUCUUAUUUGGUGCUAAGCCCAAGAAGCCAUCAAUAUUUUCAUGCAUGAACCCAGCACUGCACAAACAAUACAGUGAUAUAAGAACAGGGUUUCCGACAUAAAAUUGGACUUGGUGGUGGAUCUUCUUCGGUCCUCGACGUCAUUUCCUCGAUCACCUGCAGAGAGUUUUCUCGGCAUCUUGCGAGCUGGUUUUUGGUUUCUUUUGUGAUCUUAGAAGACUCAUUUUUACACCUGCUUUUAGGGUCACAAUACUGUAAUAAGGAAACGUAGCCUGGUGUGUUAUAUUUUUCCUAAGACUACCAAAACUUCACAUCAUGUUUGUUGAUUCAAGAAAACUUGUUAACCAUUCACAAGAUGGGACUUAAUUAGUACUCUUGUGUCUUGAAAUUAUGCAUUAGAUUUGACAAACGGAUUCUAAUAGAAAGUGCACGAACUACUCAAA